AUGACACAGGUGAGAAGUAGUGUGGGCAUGACAAAGGAGUUUCCAGUAAAAGUAGGGUUACAUCAAGGGUCUGCAAUUAGUCCCUACCUCUUCGACCCGAUUAUGGAUGUACUGGUGGAAGAUGUGAAGAAGGAAGCACCAUGGAAUAUGAUUUUUGCUGUUGAUGUGUUUCUUUGUGAGCAGAGCACCGACAGACUUGAGGAAAACCUGUUGAAUUGGAGAAUGGCACUAGAAGAAAGAGGGAUGAAAAUUAGCAGGACAAACUCAGAAUAUUUAGCACUGAAAGAUAUGCAGACGAGGUCUUGCAAGAUCCAGGAUGAUGAGCUGAAAUCGGUCUGCAAAUUUAAUUACCUGGGGUCGUACAUACAGAGGGAUGAAGAACUGGAAAGCGAGAUACAACACCGAAUAAAUUGCGGUUGGAACAACUGGAGGAAAAUGAGUGGAGUGUUGUGUGACAAGAAGGUGAGCAUUGGCUUGAAAGGGAAAGUGUACAAGUCGGUGGUAAGGCCUGCUAUGAUAUACGGGGCAGAGACAUGGCUAAUCAUAGUAGCCCAGGAACGGAAGAUGGAAGUGGCGGAAAUGAGGAUACUGAGGUGGGUGUGUGGGGUAACAAGGAAGGACAGGAUCAAAAAUGAAUUUGUUAGAGGAGCUGUGAAAGUGGGACUCAUGGGGGGAAAAGAUACAAGAGAGCAGACUAAGGUGGUACGGACACUUACAGAGAUAAGGGGAAGAGUAUAUCGGAAACAGAGUUGA